GGCGGUGGCGGGCAGAUCACUUCUGUGACUUGAACUACAAGGCACCAUGUCUCGGGCCCGUCAACCCCCCCUGGUGACAGGUAUUUCUCCAAAUGAAGGAAUCCCAUGGACCAAGGUCACAAUCAGAGGAGAAAACUUGGGCACUGGCCCAAUGGACCUCAUAGGUUUGACGAUCUGUGGACAUAAUUGCCUCCUGACGGCAGAUUGGAUGUCGGCAAGCAAAAUUGUAUGUCGGGUGGGACAAGCCAAAAAUGACAAAGGGGACAUUAUUGUCACAACCAAGUCAGGUGGCAGAGGAACCUCAACGGUCUCUUUCAAGCUCCUCAAACCUGAAAAAAUAGGUAUUUUGGAUCAGUCGGCAGUAUGGGUUGAUGAAAUGAAUUACUAUGAUAUGCGUACCGACAGGAAUAAAGGAAUCUCCCCCUUGUCCCUACGUCCUGCAAACCCACUUGGCAUUGAUAUCGAAAAAAAUAAAUUCCCCCAGAAGGAGCUGGAAAGACUGUUUCUUGGCAUGAGCUCGGAUUUCACCAGUGAGAACUUCUCAGCCGCCUGGUACCUCAUUGAGAAUCACUCUAACACCAGUUUUGACCAGCUCAAAGUGGCAGUCAGCAACCUGAAGCGACAGGCCCACAAGAAGAGUGAAGGCAGCCUGGCCUACGUGAAAGGGGGCCUCAGCACGUUCUUCGAGGCGCAGGACGCUCUGUCAGCCAUCCAUCAAAAGCUCGAAGCGGAUGGAACGGAAAAAGUUGAGGGAUCCAUGACGCAAAAACUGGAGAAUGUCCUCAACAGAGCAAGUACCUCCGCUGACACGUUAUUCCAAGAGGUUUUGGGUCGGAAGGACAAGGCAGAUUCCACGAGGAAUGCACUGAAUGUGCUUCAGCGAUUUAAGUUUCUGUUCAACCUCCCUCUAAAUAUUGAAAGGAAUAUUCAAAAGGGUGAUUAUGAUGUGGUUAUAAAUGACUAUGAAAAGGCCAAGUCGCUCUUUGGGAAGACGGAAGUCCACGUCUUCAAGAAAUACUACGCCGAGGUGGAAACUCGGAUCCAAGCCUUGCGGGAACUGCUUCUGGAAAAGUUACUGGAAACACCAUCCACCUUACACGAUCAGAAACACUACAUCAGGUACCUAUCGGACCUCCACGCCCCCGGGGACCCCGCGUGGCAGUGCAUCGGGGCGCAACACCGCUGGAUGCUCAAGCUCAUGUACAACUGCAAAGAGAGCUAUGUGCAAGAUCUCAAAGGCAACCCUGGCCUUCAUAGCCCCAUGCUGGACCUCGACAGUGACAUGCGGCCCUGUCCAUCCAUGCUCAGUCACCUGAGCCAGACUGCGUCCCUCAAGAGGGGCACCAGCUUCCAGUCCGGCCGGGAUGAUGCAUGGCGCUACAAGACUCCCCACCGGGUUGCCUUCGUUGAAAAAUUGACCAAGCUGGUUUUAAGCCAGCUGCCCAACUUCUGGAAGCUCUGGAUUUCCUACGUGAACGGGAGCCUUUUCAGCGAGACUGCUGAGAAGUCAGGCCAGAUUGAAAGAUCCAAGAACGCAAGGCAGAGGCAAAAUGACUUUAAGAAAAUGAUCCAGGAAGUGAUGCAGUGCCUCGUGAAGCUGGUCCGAGGAGCCCUGCUCCCUCUCAGCAUCCCGGAGGGUGGCGUGAGGCAGUACGGGGGCUGGGAGGUGAAGGCUGAGCUGUCUGGACACUGGCUGGCCCAUGUCAUCCAAACUCUGAGGCUCACGUAUGAAUCCUUGUCUGCUCUGGAAAUCCCCAAUGACAUGCUCCAGACUGUCCAGGACCUCAUUCUGGAUCUCCGAGUUCGUUGUGUGAUGGUCACAUUGGAACACACAGCAGAAGAAGUAAAGAGAUUAGCAGAAAAGGAAGAUUGGAUUGUCGAUAAUGAAGGUCUGACUUCUCUGCCCUGCCAAUUUGAACAGUGCAUCGUCCAUUCUCUGCAGUCACUCAAGGGCGUCCUAGAGAGCAAACCCGGAGAAGCCAGUGUUUUCCAGCAUCCCCAAACCCAGGAGGAUGUCUGUCAACUGAGCAUCACCAUCAUGCAGGUUUUUAUCUACUGUUUGGAACAGUUGAGCAUCAAACCUGAGACGGAUAAAGACAUGUCACAUCUUUCCAAUGAUGUUUCAUCUCCGGAUUUGUUCGGGAGCAUCCACGAAGACCUCAGCUUGACUUCUGAACAGCGGCUCUUGAUCCUCCUGAGCAACUGCCGCUACCUCGAGCGUCGAACCUUCCUGAACAUCGCGGAUCAUUUUGAGAAGUUCAGCUUCCAAGGAACAGAGAAGAUCACUCAGGUGAGCAUGGCCGCCCUCAAAGAAUUGGACCAGAAGCUCUUCGAGAAUUACAUUGAGUUGAAAGCGGACCCCAUUGUGGGCUCCUUGGAAACCGGAAUCUACGCGGGCUACUUCGAUUGGAGAGACUGCCUGCCCCCCACAGGUGUCAGAAACUAUUUAAAAGAAGCACUGGUGAAUAUAAUUGCUGUGCACGCAGAGGUGUUCACUGUUUCCAAAGAAUUGGUGCCUCGGGUCUUGUCCAGAGUGGUGGAAGCUGUUUCUGAAGAGCUCAGUCGACUGAUGCAGUGUGUUGCAUUCUUCAGUAACAAUGGAGCAUUGCAGGCGAGACUGGAAAUCUGCGCUCUGCGGGACACCGUGGCCAUCUACCUGACCCCUGAGAGCAGGUCGAGUUUCAAGCAGGCCCUGGAAGCCUUGCCCCAACUCUCCAGUGGUACCGAUAAAAAGCUCCUGGAGGAGCUGCUCAACACCUUCAAGAGCACGAUGCACUUACAGCUCGCCUGCUUCCAGACGGCAGGCGCCACCCUGACCAAGACAUGACAUUGCCGGGGACUGCGAGUGACCAGCUUUCUCUCAAAACAUACACAGUCUCUCUGUGUCUGUCUUUCUCUCUUUAAACCCUUUGAAAGCUGUUGUUCUUCUUACUCGGUCUCAACCAUAGUCUCAACCCCUGAUCUCAGUUGGGCCAGGCCCAAGUUCUCUGUUCUGUCCUUUUUCUCACCCUGGCCCUGAAUCGUCAUGCCCAGGCCUUCCACAUGUCUGCCAUUUCUUCUCGUCUUCCU